AUGAUUAUGAAAUUGCAGGUGGAUCGGGCAGAGAAGGAGGAAGGGCAGGGAGAGGGUGGUCUGGUGCCGUCUUGCAGCGGUGCUUCCGGUUCGAGGAUGGGCCCUGGGCCCGAUUCCGGCAGCAGCGCUCCCUCUUCGGUUCCCCAGUCGCUGGCUACCUCGAGGGACGACGAGGACGACGAGGACGAUGAGAGUAGCGGUAGGCGAUAUGGCCACGGAGGAUCGAGGUCAUCGGAGAUCUACCGUCGACGACACGCUAUCUCGGGCCAUCGGCAAGCCUUCGCGGGCAGGUCGGCCGGUGCUGGGCCCGCCGCCGCCGCCUCGACCACCUCGGAAUCGCUGGAGAGCUACGCCCUCGAUACGGAGAUUCCCGUCGCAGCCAGGAGGCCUCGUAGCACGAGGGGCUCGCAAAAAUGGAGUAACAGCUACAUCGACAGGAGCUGGUUCGACCGAGAGCGUGGGAGAGAUCCGCGGGACCCGCGCUCUAUUUUCCCUUUCGUCCUUGACUGGCGACCUAUUUAUCUUUCUGCCCGCAGAACGAAGAGCAAUCAACGGUGGAUGAAACUGCGCACGACCGUGCAGCUGUCCUCGGCGAUCUCCACGAUUCAGAAGAAGCCGCCACUGAAGCGCGAGGACUCGUUCCUGAAGAGGUUCUCCACGAGGCAGAUCCCAGAGAGCCAGGAGACCCUCGACACCGGCGAGGGCGAGGGGGACGCGACCGACGAGAAGGAGGCGGGUAACCGGCGCCGCAGGCGACCCCGCAGACCUCAGAAACCGCCGAAAACCGUGGUCAAUCCCGACGAGAACUUCUAUUAUUACUGGCUGAUGCUGCUGUCGGCCUGCGUCCUCUAUAAUCUCUGGACGCUGAUCGUCCGUCAGAGUCUGCCGGAACUGCAGGCGCUGGCGCCUAACACCUGGCUCGCUUGCGACGGCUUCACCGACCUCGUGUUCUUCCUGGACGUGGCGGUGCAGUUUCGCACCGGCUACCUGGAGCAGGGCCUGAUGGUCUACAACAAUCGGAAGCUCGCCGGCCACUACCUCAAGUCCAAGUCCUUCAUCCUGGAUCUGUUCGCGCUGCUGCCGCUCGAUCUGCUCCAGGUGAACCUCGGCAGCAACCCCAUGCUGAGGUUCCCCAGGUUUCUCAAGAUCUACCGGGUGUACAAUUAUUACUACAUGGUGGAGUCGCGCACGGUCUAUCCGAAUCUCUGGCGCGUGCUGAAUCUCAUUCACAUACUGCUCAUACUGGCGCACUGGUUCGGCUGCUUUUACUACCUGCUGAGCGAGGUCGAGGGCUUCCAGGGCGACUGGGUGUACCCGUACCGGCCCGGCGAGUACGCCACUCUGACCAGGAAGUAUCUCGGCUCCCUUUACUGGUCCACCCUGACGCUGACGACCAUCGGUGACCUGCCCACGCCGGAGACCAACGCCGAGUGAAACAGAUCGGGCGGCAAUCCCCGGAGCCUCGCUCGUCGCGGCCGACUGUCCCGGCUUCUGCAGUUCAAGCAUAAUGGAGGGUACGUCUUCACGAUAGUCAGCUACUUGAUCGGCGUCUUCAUAUUCGCGACCAUCGUCGGCCAGGUCGGCAACGUCAUCACGAACAGGAACGCGAACCGCCUCGAGUUCGAGAGGCUCCUGGACGGCGCCAAGACCUACAUGAGGCACCAUAAGGUGCCGGGCGGUAUGAAACGUCGGGUGCUCAGGUGGUACGACUACAGCUGGUCGCGCGGCAGGAUACAGGGCGGGGGUGACAUCAACACCGCCCUCGGUCUACUCCCGGACAAGCUCAAGACCGAGCUGGCGUUGCACGUGAACCUCUCGGUGCUGAAGAAGGUCACUAUUUUCCAGGAGUGUCAGCCGGAAUUUCUGCACGAUCUCGUCCUGAAGAUGAAAGCCUAUAUUUUCACCCCCGGCGAUUCGAUAUGUCGGAAGGGCGAGGUCGCCCGUGAGAUGUUCAUAAUAGCCGACGGUAUUCUAGAGGUGAUCAGCGAAACUGGUAGAGUCCUCACGACAAUGAAGGCCGGGGACUUCUUCGGCGAGAUUGGUAUACUCAAUCUGGACGGACUGAAUAAACGCACAGCCGACGUUCGUUCGGUGGGUUACUCCGAGCUGUUUAGCCUCUCGCGGGAGGACGUGCUGGCAGCGAUGAAGGACUAUCCGGAAGCGCAGGAGAUCCUGCAGAACCUCGGCCGAAAGCGGCUGAUGGAAGCGCAGAGGGUAGCUCGGGCGUGGCGCCGGCCAACGUCCCCCGGUCACGAUUCGUCCGACAACAGCACCGGCAAGAGGAUCGUUGACAAGCUGAAGAGCGACGUGAAGGGCCUGAAGAACGUCUUACGGAAGAGCAGGCGCAGCAACACUCGGCUUGAGGAGAGCCUGGAGCUUCAGCCACUGGCGCCGAAGGCGCCAGUCCUGAAACGGCAGCAGAAGAUCGACGACGGCCAGGACCUGUCUUUGCCCAAUAACCAAGAACAGCCAGUGUCACCGCUGGGCGCCGGUCUUCCGCUGCUGUCUAGGCUCAGGCUGUUGAAGGAAAAAGAGGAGAGGGAUGAACGGCGUAACCUGACGGAUACGCCGAGCCAUGCGGCGGAGCCGCACGCGCCGCCAGUUACAGAGGCCUUGAACCCCACGAAUCCAAACCUACCGUUCCUGCAGAGGAUACUCCUGUUGAAGGCAAAGAACGAGCAGGAGACCACGCAAGUGGAAAGGGAGAUGCCCAUCAAGGAGUCCCUGAUCCCUAGAAACACCAUUCCCGAGGAGACGAGCACGCAGUCGGACGAGCAGUCGUCCUCGGGUGGUCAGAGUGUCGCCGCGACCACCGUGACCUCGCAGGUUGAGAUGCGCGUGGUCAAGGUGACCAAGAAGCCCUGGACCACGUUGAAAAACGCGUCGCUGACCGCCAAGAACGAAUCGCCGCAGAAAAGCCCGCCAACCAGGAAGCUGCAGCAGACCAAGAUGUACGCCUCUGUCGACGACCUCUCGCCGGAGUACUGUGGUCUGCCGUUUGUCAAGAAGCUCAAAAUUCUCAACGAGAGGCAGAAGCUCGCCGAGCUGGAGAGGGCAGUCAGGAGCUCGUCCCUCGAUUGCGGCGAGAAUGCCGAGCCGGAGUUCGACAGUAACCUCACGAGGAGCCACUCGGAAGCCUGUGCCAUUGAGUAUGCCAGGAAGCUGGCCAAAUAUAAUCAAGAUCGACAAGCGGCGUCCUCGUCGGCGGCGGAUCAGCUGUCGCCGGAGAACGAGACACUUGAGAGGCGGAACCUGAAGAGCAUCCUGAAGAAACUGUCGGCCAGCAGUAGGGCCGGUAGUUCCGAGACCUCGGCGACGAGCACGCCGGACCGCGAGGCCGCGACCGCCGAGCUGAGGAGGCUGAUGAGAGCGCCGACGAUCGAGGGCUACGCCGCGCGGCACUCGAAGCUGUCCAAGAGCGUGACCUUCAACAAGUACACGCUGCAGAGCCCGCCGUCCGAGCAGCCCCUACAGCCGCCGUCGAAUUACCCGCUGCCCGACACCCAGGAUCAGCCGUCACUGCCGCCGCCCAAUAAAUUCAGUUUCCGUCCUGUGAGCAGUGCCGGUGGUGUCCUGCAAACGGUGUCCCGGUCACGGGAGGAGGAGUGCCUGGGCGAAUUGCUCUCCGGGAUCGGCGAGGUCAUCAAGGCGGGCCUGGAGGACAUGCAGAACAAAUUCGAGCGACAGUUCACGUCGCUCGAGUUGGAGGUCCGCAAGCGUGACGACAUAAUAUCGCAGCUGCAGUCGCGGAUCCAGGAGAUGGAGCGAAGGAAAUUGGCGCGAGGCGCGGACGACUCCGGCGGGGACAGCACCGAGCACGACGCCUCUCUGGAAGAGGAUCUCGAGGACGAUCGCGAGGAUCAUCCUUUCAUGCGCGACAGCUCCGUGGACACUGUCCUCGGGUCCGCGCGGCCCCGCGACCGGCGCUCGUCCUCGUCGGUAGGUUCGAGCUCGCGCAGUAGGCGAUCGUGGGAGGAGCACUCGGAGAGAGAAACCUUGGAGUUGCAGGAGCUGCCGAACUCGAUAGUGCCGCAAAGACUGUCGAGGGAGGAUAUUGCGAUCGACCUCGAAUCGAACAGCGACAGCAGGUCGGACGAGGAAUUUGACAUCAGCAGCCGCUGUCGCAAGGGCGACAGCGAUGAGGGCGACGAGGAGGACGAAGAGGAGGAGGAAGAGGAGGAGGAGGACGACGACGACGGGGACGACGCUGGCAAGAUCUGCCAGGACGGGUACAACAAUUGGGAGGUCGCCCUGCUGGCGAAGCAGCUCGAGGCGAGGAGAAGAAGCGGCGAUAACGCCAGCCCGGGUUCCUAGCGCAUUAAUGAGAUUCUAGAAAUACUGUGUUACCUCACGAACACGAUACGCUCCGACGGAUGGUGCAACCCGCUGGCUGGGUCUGGCGGUAGUGCAGCUUUUUGCGAACACGAUUAUCGCUCGUAUUCACAGGUAGACUUCGAUAGUAUGACCAGCUGCAACGAGACUAUGAUGUAGUCCGAUCUCGUGGGACGUCUCUGACACUUCUUUCUCCCUAUUUUAAUCCGUUUUUCAUCUACUUCAAUUUCCGAUAUCUGUGAUAGGUCUCCAGCUCGACGGAUCGGCGACCCUGUAUAAUUUUCUCCUUGCGUCGCGCCGAUAUUAUCUCGCGUACAAAACAAGUCCUCUCGCCUCCUUCUUCAGCCUUCGUCUUGGCUUCUUUUCUUCUUUUCUAUUAUAAGCGGUGUCCUGGCGCAGAUAUAACUAGCUUAAAUGAGUUGAUUUCUCUCAAACGUACAUUGAAUUGUAAAUAUUCACUGGUGUGCCUGAGGAAAUAUACAUGGGAUAUAUUCAGGACUCUUCUCUUAUACAGACAUCCUGAAUGUACAAGAUAUCUCAGAGUAGCUAUGUAUCAAUAGCAAGAAUUGUGACCUGCAGGGGGCUUCUUAAACGGGAAUUGGAACAUUUUCUAGUGGGCAAAAAUUAAAACUUGGGCCAAAAUGCCGCGCAACAUAGUACCCAAACGCCAUUGCAUUUUCAGAAAUAUACGUAUCUUUCGGCCAUUUUGUUGGCACUGUCCAAGCACUCUUCUCUACGCUCUCCUCCCCGAUUUAUUCAAUUCAAUCAUAUUCCUGAAAAGCUGCACCACAAACGAACGGAGAUAUUAGUCGGUUGUACGAAGCGAGAGGAGGAAUAAAUAAUUUUAGAAAAAAAAACAGAAAAAGCGUGAAAGAAAGAGGAAGAUAUAAACAGAGAGAUAUAAAUAUAAUUUGAAGCGACAGCACUUCAUGAGAAUAUAUUACGUAUACUGACCAGACCAAGCUCAAUAUUUCUAGAGUCUUUACAAGAUACGUCUAUUAAGCGACAAAUGAUUAUUAAAGUAAGAAAAAGAGAACUAUUAAGAUCUUGUACAUAUUAGCCGAUAAUUUAUUUAUUUAUGAGCGAAAGAAGAAGAGCGAAUGCAAGAGAGUAAGAUUAUGGAGAGAGGAGUAGGAGAUACAAAAUAUAAAAGUUAGUGCAAGAGUGAAUUUUACUGGAUUACAAGGAGAGAAGCAUUUUAGAUGCUGAUAUGUACCUAAUGUGCGGGCGAAAGGAACAUACAAUAAAGCAAAUGUUUUCAAACGUCGCAAUUAUCAUACCCUAAUCCCCGAGCAAUAACUUUGGCAACUGUUUCACAAUCAGUUUAUCGUAAAUUUUUCAACACACUGUUUGUUAUCAUAUAAGUAACCCGAUAUAUAUAUUUUACAAUUAAAACUAGACGAAUUAGUCAAAAUUAGACAAAACAAUAUAGAGGAAAGUCCU